GCGGCAAAGCGCUGUCUUUCAAAGCAAAACACCAGUAGGGUAGACAAAACGCUGAUAUCAAAUAUCAUACAAGCUUUUGUAAGUGUCGUCCUCACUUUAAGAUUCGUCGGUUAUUAAUUACGCCCCAGACCAGCGUUUCGAGCUUCGUGUUUUAGGCGAGGUGCCGGUAUGCUGUUCGUCUUUUGCCAAUUGGUGUUUUGCCUUAGCCUCGUGCCUCGGUCUUCGCAAGAUCAAGAUAGGCAAAUAGAAAAACUCUCUUCAGAUGAAGAGACCGGCUUUCUUCCCAUGGUCAUAAACACGUGGCCGUUCAUUAAUGUCACCGAAGAAGGUUGGGCGCGUCUGCAGUCGGGUGGCUCAGCGGUUGAUGCAGUCGUGUCCGGUAUUUCGUAUUGCGAAUUUCACCCUUGCGGACAUAAACCGGACGAACCGACUGUCGGUUUUGGUGGAAGCCCUGACGAGUCUGGGGAAACAACUCUAGAUGCUAUGAUAAUGGACGGAACGACGCAUGAUGUUGGCGCAGUUGGAUGCCUCAAAGAAGUGAAGAACGCCAUCGCUGUCGCUCGCAGUGUGAUGCAACAUACAACGCACACGCUCCUCGUGGGAGAAGACGCCACACAAUUUGCGUUAAGAAUGAAAUUUCCUAAAGAGGACUUACACACGAAUAAUUCAAGGGAGCGUUGGAGUAAAUGGUACAAAAAUGACUGCCAGCCAAACUUUUGGGAGAGUGUUCAUCCAAAUCCCAAGAGGCAUUGCGGUCCCUAUGAGCCAGAGGGCGUCAAUCGCAACAGAAGGAAUAUAAAGAUCAGUGAAGACAACCAUGACACAGUUGGAAUGGUUGCCAUUGACAGCAAAGGUCACAUUUCAGCUGGUGCAUCGACCAAUGGGCUGGCCUUCAAAAUCAAGGGACGAGUUGGGGACAGCCCCAUGCCUGGAGCAGGGGCGUAUGCUGAUAACGAGGCCGGGGCUGCCGCUGCUACGGGCGACGGUGACGUCAUGAUGAGAUUUCUACCCACGUACCAGGCGGUUGAGUACAUGCGUCAGGGCAAGAGUCCCACGGAAGCGGCGAAACUCAGUCUCGCGCGAAUAGUGAAGUACUACCCAGAAUUCUUUGGUGCCUUGGUCGUUGUCAACACUACUGGUCACUAUGGCGCGGCCUCUCAUGGCUGGGACUAUUUCCAGUUCGCUGUUCGUAAUCCCAAGCUUGGAAAAGUGGAGAUAAUUUCCGUCGAGCCUUUCAAGAAAGCAAAGCAAGCAAAGCAAGUAAAGCAAGUAAAGCAAGCAAAGCAAGUAAAGCAAGCAAAGAAAGCAAAGCAAGUAAAGCAAGCAAGAAAGCAAAGCAAGUUCAUUCAGUGAAAUAGAAUAUGGACAAUCCUUUGGUAAAAUGGGUUGAAGUCCAUAUAAAUCAAGAUUUCUUUGUACUUUCUCUGUCACUUGUGCGCAAGACGAAAAAAACGCUUAUUUUUACAUUAAG